AUGGGAGGCCUCGCGGGCGCCUGCGGCGGCGGCGGCGGCGGCGCCGCGGCGGGCGCCGCGGCGGGCGCCGCGGCGGCGGCGGCAGCCUGCGGCGGCGCCGGCGCGGGAGCGGGCGGCGCCGGCGCGGGAGCGGGCGGCGGCGACGUCUCGACCACGACGGGCGCCGGCGUCGCGGACUCGAGGCUCGCGGCGAUGGCGUCGUUCUCAGCCUUGAGCGCGUCGAUCAUGGCGGCGAUGCGCGCGAGCUCGUCGUCGGCCGCGCGAACGACGAGCCCGCGCCGCGCGCGCGGCGUCCGCGCCUGUCGCGCCGCGCGCCGCUGCUUCUUCGCGGAUUUCCCAGCGAGGCGCGACGCGGCGGCGGGGACGAACGCCGCGCGCGCGGCCAUCCCGAGAGCUGACAUUCCGCGGCUGGUAACGCACAAGGUUAUCCUGUUGGCGCCUUCGAAAAGAUCCUAG